CCUAGAAGCUUCCGUAGCUAGUCACAUGAGUUCGCAGAUUGUUUGUAGUGAGCAGCUGAUUUGAGGCUGUCAUAUAUCAUAGACGAAUUUGGCCGAAAAUUCUCUCAGAAUGAUUUUAUAUGAACAUUUCCGAUCAUCGACGGUCAUUUGACUCGUUUAUCUGGUCUAACGGAAGUGUUUUUGGAUCCAAAGCAGAACCGGCGCGGAACUGAUACACUGUAUCAGAUGCGACGCGUGACGCGUCCUGUCAGUCAAAUCUUGCUACAAUGUUUCGGUGUGUCACAGAUGAAAAUAUAUUCCAAUAGAGAUUCAGAUGACUGAUUUUAUGUUUUAAUAAAGAUUUUUAACAUCAGGAGUAUCAACAGAACGCAGAACAGAACGUCUCUGCCAGCCGGUUUCGCAACAUGCUGCUACACUGAUUUGUCUUGUGAUUUAUUUGCACACAAAAUCCAUUCGUUUGUAUGUAAAGUCAGGUGUUUUUUAAAAGACCAACAUGCUGCGGUGGAUUCUGGGAGGUCGGGAGGCGCAGGGAACAGUGGAGAAGAGCGCGGCGCUGUUCAUUGGGGAGGAACAGCCCAAAAACUGUUUCACGGAGAUGCAGGUGCUGAAAGGACACUUUGACAUUGUUCGAUUUCUGGUGCAGAUUGAUGACUUAAGGUUUGCGUCUGCAGGUGACGACGGCCUGGUGCUCAUAUGGAAUGUUGAGACAGGAGAUUGUUUGUUUGAGCUGCGCGGUCACACACAGCAGAUCACUGCAAUGAUAUCAUACACCUUCAUCCGAGGAAGAAACGCACACGCCGCGCUCAUUACCGCAUCUUCAGACCGCACGCUCAGUUUAUGGGAUCCAGAUUCAGGAAACCGAGUGCAGAAUAUAUCUGAUCUCCAGUCCUCAGUGAAGUGUUUGUUGGUGUUGGAUCGUUUGGACGUGUGGCUUUCGGGUGGAAAUGAACUGUGUGUUUGGAACAGAGACUUUGAGCUGCAGUGUAAAACGGUUCAUCACAGCGAUGCAGGCAUUUCAGCCAUGGUGGAGUUACCGAAGAAUUUCAUUGCAGCUGCCAUGGAUAAAGAGAUCGUGAUAUUUAAGUUGAGCCUGUCUGGAUCAGACAUUGCGGUUAUGGCCAUGCGUCAUCUAUCUGACCAUCGGGACACCAUCCAUUCUCUCAUCAGCAUCAACGACGGCUUGUUUGCGAGCGGCUCUCAUAUCGGUGAGCUCAUCAUCUGGGAUUCAGUGGAUUGGACGAUCCAGGCGUAUGAGCACAUUCUGUGGGAGGAGCCACAGGGAGACAGCCAAUCAGAGGUCAAACUGAAACAGAUCGAGAGAUCUAUUCAACAUAUGAGCUCAGAUGGAGAGUAUAUAGUGGUGGCUGUAGGCAGUGGUCUGUAUGUUUUUAAUGUGCUAAUGAAGAGUGUGGUGGCGUACAGGAAGAUCGCCCAUGAUUCCAAUGUCUUACACACCAUGCUGCAGGAGGACGGGCGUUUGAUGUCGUGCUCUGAGGACGGUAGUGUGAGGAUGUGGGAGUUACAGGACCUCCCCCUGGCCGCUGAACCCGCCUCCUCAGGGUUUUUUGGGAUGUUUGGCACUUUUGGCAGGUCCAGUAAGCAGACAGGCCCUCCUGCCAAAAAAAUCCCAGAAGUCCCUGGUCUGCGCUCUUUGGAACUGAUCGGCGAUCUGAUUGGUCACUCUGGAGCUGUGCAGAUGUUUCUGAGUUUUAAGGAGAAGGGUCUGGUCACCUGCUCCACCGAUCACCUGCUCAUCAUCUGGAAGGAUGGAGAGUUACAGUCUCAGCUCCGCAGUCUCGCCGUCUUCCAGAAACUCGAGGAAAACCAGGAGCUGUGACCUGAUCUUCAAAACCUGUCCCCAUCAUAAUCAUCUCUGAAGCUCAAAGUCUCUCUCAUGGCCCGGGGUUCAAAUCGUGUUUUAAAUACAAACACCUUUAUUUGCCUUACUAACCGUCUGCAAAGCUUUGUCACAUCAGUGUUUUAACUUCACAUUGUUUUGGUAUGAUAAAAUGCUUAUGAUGCUGUGAUUUUUAAUUUGAUGGUGUCUUAUAGUGAACGUCUGUAAAGCUGUGUAUAUAUAUAUUGUGAUUAAUUUGUUUUUAUGUCAUUUUAAAAUGGAAUUUAAACGUGCAGUGAUAACACUUUACAAUAAAGUCUCAUUUGCUAUAAAUACUGUUGUUUGUUAGUUCACAGUAUAUGGUUAUUAUUAUCGCUAACUAAAACUAAAAUUUUAAAAUAUAUUUCAUGUUUUUUUUUUACUAGUAUUUCUCAUUUUCAUUUAGUUUAACUGGAUAUUAUAAAAUUACUAAAACAAAAUGAAUAAUAUAUAAUGAUAUAGUAAUAACUUUUAAGUAUAGUUCAUUUUUGGUUGGUGUUUAAUAGUUACCUAAUGUUAACAUAUGAAACCAAGAUAGUGAAGUGUUAUCAGUGUGAUUCUUGAAUGUAUGCUUGUGCAUGACAAAACUGAUUAAAGCUGGGUGUGUCUGUAAAUUCAAUCAAAACCACUUUAUUGCAAAUGUUUAUUUUUUUUUUGUGUCUCACAAACACAAGGGUUUCAGAGUUGGAGUGGCGUCUCCAAACAACAGCAGAUGCAAGAGACAGAAUCAAACAGAAGUAAACAAAGCAAACAGACAUUUUAUGCAACAUAGAAUCAAUUUUUUUGACAAUACAAUAAAAAAAAAUCCUUCGACGAAACAAACCUGUUAAAUGGCAUGUGACCACUUUUUCUUUCAGUGAUGUAUUUGUUCAAUAAAAAAUAGUUUAUAUACAUUUGCGCGAGGGAUGAUGCUAGUGUUCAUUCCCCGUACUUCAAAAAUACAGUAAUUGGCACAAAAUCUGCACUCGACGGUUCAGUUCACACUCGCUAAUCGAACAGGCUUCGUCUCAAGCCCCGCCCCCAGUUAUGAUGUCAUUGUGAGGUCAUCGUGGUAUGCUAAUAGGGAGCCCUUUGAUCGUGACGGAUGACACUUUGAAAAGAUUCACAAACGUUCAAAUUUGACCAUGGGCUGAUCAGACAUGAAUUAUUACACAAAGGAUUUUUUUAAUACUUUAGGUAGUUGAAAAGUUGUUUUAUAACAAAUAAUGUACAGAUAAUGGAUGGAGCAUGAGCGCUUCCCAUGAGCCUGAGCGAUUCUGCCACCUUUACACUGAAGAUAGGAAGUCAAUUUAAAUCUGAAAUAAGAUGCAGCUGAAAUAAAAAAAUUAAUCUAAUGGGUGAAACUAUAAGAUACACUAACCAUCUCCAAUUAAAUGUUCUGGCUCUCAACAGCAUUUAUGGCAACAUAUUGACUUCAAAUAAAAAAUAACUCUGACUCGUCUCUCUUUUUUAUUACUGUAAAAAACAAACAAAAAAGAAGCAAAAAAAAAAAAAAAAAAAAAGAGAAAAUCCACCUAGAAAAAUAGUUGCAGCUGAAAAACAGACAUAUUUUUCUUUUACAGAUAUAAUAAUACUAUAAUUAUAUUAUAAUUUUUUUAAUAUUAUAAAUUAUUAUAAAUAUGAGCUUUACAUUAUUUAUUUUAAGCCCUCUGGAACUUUUAGGUACACUAUUUGCUUUUUUAAAAAUAAAAUAUUUUUAAUAUUUGCUUUUUUUAAAAAAUUUAUUUUAAUAAAAUUACAAAAUACUAUAUAUUUUAAUCAUUUUUAUGUAGACACUUCUAGUUAUGUAAUUUUGAAUCAUGCUUUUUAUCUUGAUGAAAAUAUUUUAAUUCAGUCAGUAUUUCAUUGUCAUUCAUUCAUUUUAGUCAGUUUCUAGUGUAAUUUGUCAAUUAAAAUAUUUUAGUUGACAAUAAAUGUCAAACCAAAUAUUCAAAUGUGUAAACUGUCCUUGAUAUGAAGACAUUAAUAUAUAUUGAUAUUAUGUGAGUGCUAAUUCGUUAUGCUUUAAGACAAGUUCACACCAAGCACGAUAACUAUAAAGAUAACGAUAAAGAUAUAGUUCUAAAAAUCGUUCUCAAUAUUAAACAGCAGAGUCCACACCACAACUAUAACGAUAAAGGCACAGAGAAUAUCGUUGGAAUCACUUUCAGAACGAUUUUUUUCCAGCUGAUGAAGGAUACAAACACUGACAUCCAAUCAGAAUCCAUCCUGCUAUAACGAGCUCGAGAAUUUAAAGCGGCAGAAGCGCGUGCGCUUAGAAUAAACAGACGAUAUGGUUCGCUGGCCUUUAUAGUUAUCGUUCUUGGUGCGAAUGGGGCAUUAGUUACUCAUUAUAGCCUACAUGUUUUAUAUAAAUAUAAGCUUUACAUUUCUGAUUUUAAGUCAUCUGGAACUUUUAAGUAAACUACUGUAAUUUGCUUUUUAAAAAAAAAGAAAA